ACACAGAGCGGCGCACUCCACUGGCCUGUCCUUCAGAGAAAGAGAGAGAGAGAGAGAGAGAGAGAGAGAGAGAGAGAGAGAGAGAGAGAGAGGAUUCAUCAUGGACAUUUUUCAGCAGCAGCAGCAGCAGCAGUCCGCCUCGCCAAAGGAGGUGUUGGAGUCCAUGGCGGCCAAGCAAGGACUAGACCUCCUCGGACGCGCCUUUGCAGACCACCUGGACAACAUAGACCCACUGAAGGGGAUGAGGGACAGGUUCUUGUUUCCGCGGGUGGCCGACCAGAUGCACGUGGAAGGCAUACAGGCGGAGGGAGAGUGUAUCUAUUUGUGUGGCAACUCCCUCGGCCUGCAACCCAAGACUACCAAGGACAAGGUGGUGGAAGUCCUCGACGCCUGGGCCAAGCUGGCGAUCAACUCUCACUUCCAUGGCCCCCUUCCUGCUGCCUACUGCGACAACUACGGGAAGGAGGUACUGGGUGAGCUGGUGGGAGCGGACCCGUCUCAGGUAGUACUCAUGAACGCUCUUACUGUCAACCUCCAUCUUCUCCUCCUCGCCUUUUACCAACCAACGGAGACCAGGUACAAGAUUCUGAUAGAGGGCCACGCGUUUCCUUCUGACAGAUACGCAGUCGCGUCCCAGAUGAGACUCAAGGGCCUAGACCCGGAGGAAGCCAUGCUGCAGGUGAGGCCGCGGCCUGGGGAGCACACCAUCAGGACAGAGGACAUCUUGCAGCUACUGAAGGAGAAGGGCCCCAGCAUUGCCGUGGUGUGCCUGAGCGGCGUCCAAUACUACACUGGCCAGAAGUUUGAUAUGGAGCGGGUGACGAAGGCGGCGCAGGAGCAGGGGUGUGUGGUGGGCUGGGACCUCGCCCAUGCUGUGGGUAACGUGGAGCUCAAGUUAGACGAGUGGGGUGUGGACUUCGCCUGCUGGUGCACGUACAAGUACCUGAAUAGCGGCGCGGGAUGUCUGGGCGGGAGCUACGUGAACGCAAGGCACAACGAGAGGUCGCAACCCAGGCUGCAGGGCUGGUGGAGCAACAGGAAGGAGACGCGAUUUGAGAUGCGCGAGUACUGUGACAGAGACUCCACCGUGGAUGGUUUCCGCAUCAGCAACCCGCCGCCCCUGCUGGUGGGGUGCGUGCUGGCCAGCCUGGAGCUGUUCAGAGAGGCGGGAUUGACACACCUCCUUCAGAAACAGUUCCUCCUGACGGGUUACCUGGAACUGCUCAUCAAACACUACUUCGGGCGUGGUGACAGUGACAGCCCCGCCGUCACCAUCAUUACCCCGGAGGACACCAGUCAGCGUGGCUGUCAACUGUCCCUCAUCUUCUCCUCCCCUCUCAAGCAAGUCCACAAAGAAAUCACCAAGAGGGGGAUUAUGUGUGACAUCCGACAGCCCAAUGUGAUGCGCAUCGCCCCCGCACCGCUCUACAAUUCCUUCUGCGACAUUCACCAAUUCGUCACCAUCCUCGGCAAUGUGUUUGCCCUGUGCAAGAUAGAGGCCGCCUAGCUGCUGCUCCCCCUUCCCUCUACCCUUCAUUGAUAACUACAGCUAACCUUUUUCUUGUCUUCCUUUCAUAUUCCCUUUCUUUUCCGGUGGUAGUAUCAAAGGUUUGCAACACAUCUCUAAGUCACAGUCGCUAAGGGUGGCGAUCUGUAGCGCACAGGGUGGUGUACUCUAGCCAGAGGCUCCUAACCUUCUGGCCAUUACCUACUACCUGCCUGCCACCUUACCCAUGGCCCCUGCCAACCCACCGUCACACUGACUCAACAGAGUCAACACUCCAGCACUCAUUACGCACGUCCACAUAAAAACAACUCCAGCAACACUUUUAAUUUUAUUGAUUCACAUUCUAAGUUUUCUGUUGAGUAUUAAGUAAAGGGUUUUGCAUUUACCUUAUAUACUGUAAUCAAUAAGAUCAUACUAAGGAAAUAAUAUAAUGCACAUCAAAAAAUGUUAUACACAGAUUAAUCGAGGAGUGCAUUCAAACGUUGUCCUGUGCAGCCGAAAUUUGGCUGUGUGGCCCCGGGGAGGCCACGGCCACCACUCUGGGAACCACAUACGUACUACAUAGCAUGCAUUAUAUAUGCUUACAGACAUGCAUCUACUAAUACUGACAGCAGUGGUCUAGUCUUCACCAUUACUGACCAUACUCUGGCAACGUUUAUUACUUUGUACCAGUAGUAGUAUACAAAUGUCUCAUAACCAAUACAUGUUGGUCAUUGUAUACAAUAUAUGACAAUAUAUGCAUAACUUUUA